AUGGUGGAUGGUGGAUGGUGUAUUCCCUUAGUGAGGAGGCCUCCGGUAAACAUUGACGGUUAUUGCCAUCCUCAAUCAUCCCUUCUAAUAAGUCUCCUGCUCAGCUUGGUUCUUGGGCGGCCGAAGGUAUUGGCGGUCUGCUUCUUAGCUGCCGGAAUUUCAGCUUUCCACGAUCCUGAAUACGAAUACCACGCUCGUUGUCUUUAUGGACAUGGAGGCGGUGGCUACGGAGCAUCAUCCGGAUAUUCAGGCCAAGCUCAGCCUGCUUACUCUGUUGGAGCAUCGCAAGGAUACUCAGCACCAGUUGCCAGUGGAUACUCCAGCGGAGGAUACGCCAGCGGUGGAUAUUCCAGCGGUGGUUAUUCCAGUGGAGGUUACUCAAGCGGUGGAUAUUCUAGCGGAGGAUACUCUGGGUCAAGUGGAUAUGCUGCGGCUAGGCCCGCUGUGGCUAGCUACGCCGUUACUCCAGCAGUGACCACCACUUAUGCUGCUCCUGCGGUGGCUACUUACGCUGCACCAGUCCUUUCAAGUGGGUCUGCCGGCUACUCUGCUGGUCGCUUGUCCUCCGGCUACUCGUCUGGCAACUCCAUUGCUUCUUACUACAAGGCCGCCCCUGCAAGAUACUCAUCAACCAUCAACGUAGCCGCUGCUGUGCCAACUAUUACCACAGGUCAUGUUGCUGCUGCUGUACCAGCAAUUCAAGUGCACUCCUCUUCUCUUGGCGCCGGAUACCAGUCCGGUUAUUCUUCCCAAGGUGGUUAUUCCCAAGCUUCCGGUUAUUCCGCAUAUGGUAGACCUGCCGCUGUCGUCAAUCCUGCCAUCGCCGUAAGACCUGUACCAUAUGUCGCUCCCACCGUUGCAAAAGUUGCUGUUGCACCUGUAGUCUCAUCUUAUGCAGCUCCUGCCGUUGCUACUUACAGCGCAGCUCCAGUAGUUUCCUCUGCUUCAUACAAUGCUGGUUCCUCCUAUUCUUCUGGAGCAUCUGCAGCCUACUCUUCUCAGGGUGCAUAUACAUCUGGAGGAUAUUCCAGCGGUUCAUACACAGCAAGACCAGCCGUCGCCGCCGUUGCUGCACCAGUCAUUUCAACAUACAGAGCAACUCCCGCUAUUGUAUCCAGCUCCUAUUCCGCCGGUGCCGGACAUGCAUCAGGUUAUUCUACUAAUAGUGGUAUUUCUCGAGGAUAUUCUUCCGGCUACGCAGCAGCCCCAGCCGUCGCAACUUACAGUGCCGCUCCAGCCAUCUCAACCGCUGCUAUCCACGCUGCCCCCGCUAUCUCAACUGCCCCUAUCCACGUCGCACCAGCCAUAUCUGUUGCUGCGCCUGUCCGAUACGCUCCUGCUGCUCCAGCAUUAGCUACAUACGCUGCACCUGCUGCCAGAGUCGUCUCUGCACCCGUAGCCAGAGGAAAGAACGUACACCAGGAAUACUUAGACAAUUUUGAUAUUCAUCCAAGGUACGCCUUCGAAUACGGAGUUGAUGACCCACACACUGGAGACAAGAAGCACCAGUAUGAAGAACGUGACGGAGACGUCGUCCGCGGAGAAUACAGCCUGGUUGAACCUGACGGUUCCGUCCGUACCGUGAACUACGUGGCCGACUGGGAGACAGGAUUCCACGCCACCGUCCAGCACAAGGAUCACUCCGCAGCGGCUGAAGUGGCCAGGCCCAAACUGACAAAGGCUUAAGAUCGGCGUCCACUCUCGACUUCUGUACCUUAACCUCCUACCCAUUCUUCUAUUUGCCUAAUUCUUUAAUUUAAUUAUCCUAGUUUUUAUUCAUUGUCAUGGAUUUUUAUUAUUUUAUAAUUCAGUAUUAUGUAGGCUUCUUGUGUCAUUUUAAUUUUUUUCAAAAAUUUUAAACCGCUUAAACAAAAAUUGCCACCUAUGAAUGUUUCUAAAAAAAAAAAAGAACUAAAGCAAUUUUUUUCAAUUAAUAUUAUACAUUUUAUUCUAUAUUAAAUUUUAUUUUUGAUUAUAAAACGGUUGUGAGAUUUCCGCAGAGCAUCGUAUCGAUGCAUUUUUAGGAAAAUUGGCUGUGUAACAAGUCAUGCAUCUUGCGGCUUCUAUGAGGUCAAACAGUAAUGAUCCAUUCAAUUCGUGCAUUAAUUUUUACUUAACGUUAACAAUUUAUAUUAAUUUUAUUCUUCUUUGUUCCAUUGAAAUAUUAUACACCAUCUUAUUAUCCAUUUAAAAUUUUAAGAAACUAAUUGCGUGAUAAAAGAAUGCCUCGCUCAGUUACCUCGCUAAAAAAAAAAAACAACGACGUAACGAUUAGUAAUUUUAUAUCAUGAACAUGAUCCAUCCAUAAAUAUCAUAUCACAACAGGUAAACUAUUGUAAGUAAUAUAAAUUCUAAUUGUGCCAUUCGCGAAAAACCGAUCUCAAUUAACAACUAAUUAAUUUUCCCAGAUAAACUAACUCACUUGUGUAAAUAUCCUUACAGAGGUUUAAAUAUUUUUUUAUUAAAUUAUUCAGAGUUAUUUAUUUCCACAAAUAGUUGUACGGCGAAAUGUAAUGAGGUGAAUUAUUAAGUAUUAACUUUAUAAAAUAAAUCUUAUAGUUACCAUUUUUGUUUAAAUUUUAGUAUUUUGUUUUUGCUUAAUUUUCUUUUCCCUGCACGGCAGCAGCGGGUAAAGUAUGUUAUGUCUAUUUUCACAUAACAUGUGAAUUUUUCUACGAACCGAAAAGUUCAUUUAGGUCUAAUUUUAAUUUCUUUUUAUUUUUGUAUAUAUACAUUUAAAAUGUGAUAAGAAUAUUUUACCAUUAUUUUGUAAUUUGUUUUUUAAUGUUCAUUUAUUUAAUAUCAAAUGGAAAUUUUUAUGUUUUUUAAUAAAUUAAUUUUUGCUGAUGUCUCUUCAUAUUUAUCCUUAUGCUCAUCCAUUAUUAUAAUCUUUCACACAGUGGCCCUGUGGGAGGGUCCUUCAAUUGAUAUAAGUUUCUUCAAUACAUGAAACAUGGAGU